CCUUACCGCUUGAAGCUGGUAUGUUUUGCGGGGUUGCGGAUAUUGUCGGAGACGGAGGUUUGUACGUGGUCUUCUUAGGUCAAGAGGAACUGGAUCUGUCCUGUGCUACUGUGACUAACCAGUGGGCCGCGUUGUUGGUUUCACUUUGGCCAUGGUCUGUUGGUUCGUGGUUGGGCGCGAUUGGGGCAGAGAGGUUUCUAGCGAUGGACUAGGUAUUAGGUCUAGACGGUGGCGCGCGUGAUGUUAUCAGAGAGCUAGACGGAGUGGUAUCGGUUGUUUCAGUGCUCUGGCCAUGAUAAAGGCGCAAGCGAAUGCUACCCCAGUAAGGCCGAUAUGAAGUGUUGCUGGAUUAGGAAGGUGAGGACAUUUACUUCAUCAGUUCACUUAUAACACCCCCUGUCUUCUCUCCUUCAUCAAUUCCCCAUCCUCCAUCUUGAAUCUGCACUGCAUCCAUUGAGCUAUCUAGGAUUGAUCUAUUGCUACAAUGGAGGAGAAAUAUCCACCCUCUGUCCGCGUUACUUCGACUGAAGACUCACUGAAGGACUCUGGUGCUGUCUCUGGAGACGGUGCUACCCUCAGCAACACCGUCCAUCAACUAAGACUCAUCAAGAAGCAUCACCAUUGGGACCCCAAUCUCCCCGAUGACCUUGCUGAUGAGAUUGACGAUGCCUUACACACCAAUAACGAGGGCACUCGCCAGGAAAUAGCUCACAGUCUGCUCGAGAACUCCCCCUACCCUGAAGUGCGCGCUGCUGUUCCGAACACCGAUGAAGGCGGACACUCCAAUACUUUUCGUGCCUGGGCCAUCGGUCUCUUGCUCGCAACAAUUGGAUCGGCCCUCAACAGCCUGUUUUCUAUGCGCCAGCCCUAUAUUAUUAUCCCAUCCUACGUUGCUCAGGUCGUUGCCUAUCCUAUUGGCUUGGCUUGGGCAAAGGUCAUGCCGAACAGAACUUACAACUUAUUCGGAGUCAAGUUCAGUCUCAACCCGGGACCUUAUACUAAGAAGGAACAUGCUAUCUCCGUUAUCAUGGCCAAUGCCACGUUUGGCGGCGGUGCGGCCUAUGCUACCGAUAUCCUGCUUGCGCAGCGCGCCUUCUACAAGCAACGCUUUGACUGGGUCUUUGAGAUCUUCAUGUGCAUAUCGACUCAGAUGUUGGGCUUUGGCAUGGCCGGGUUCUUCCAUCGGUUCCUAGUCACCCCUGCAGCAAUGAUCUGGCCGUCGACACUCAUCAACACUUCCCUUUUCACGGCCCUCCACGACCGCAGCAGACCCGACCCUGCCAAAGUAUCGGGCUGGAGGAUUGGCAAGUACAGAAUGUUUCUGUACUGCAUGAUCGGAUCGUUUGUGUGGUACUGGUUUCCUGGGUAUAUCGCACCAUUCCUUAGCGUCUUCGCUUGGGUAACUUGGAUCAAGCCGCAGAACGUGGUCAUUAAUCAAUUGUUCGGAGGUUGGACUGGGCUAUCACUGAUUCCAAUGACUUUUGACUGGACCCAGGUUUCGGGGUUCAAUUUCAGCCCUCUGAUCGUGCCCUGGCAUGGUAUUGCGAAUACACUAAUUUCGUUGGUGAUAUUCUUUUGGAUUGUCACUCCUGCUAUGCAUUACACCGGUAUCAACUAUUACAAGUACCUGCCUAUUAGCGAUUCCAGCAGCUACGACAACACUGGUCAGGUCUACAAUGUUUCUCGAAUCCUUACUCCAGAUAUGACUCUGGAUCUGGCUAAAUAUGAAAAUUACUCUCCCCUCUUCCUGUCCACCACCUUCACCCUCUGCUAUGGUCUGUCCUUUGCCACAAUCAUUGCCGUUAUUGUGCAUGCCGUGCUGUUCCACGGAAAGGAUAUUUGGGCCCGGUUUCGCCGAAUUGGCCAGGAAGAGGAAGACGUGCAUGGACGCUUGAUGGCUAGGUUCAAGCCGGUUCCAUUGUGGUGGUAUGGUGUUAUAACACUUAUCAUGAUCGGAAUUGCACUCGGGGUCAGCCAGGGAUAUCCAACGCAUCUUACCUGGUGGGCCUUUUUCAUCUCACUGAUCAUGGCGGCAAUCUGGUUUAUACCCUGUGGGAUUAUCCAGGCGUCAACAAAUAUCCAAAUUGGACUCAAUGUGAUUACCGAGUUUGUGAUCGGCUACAUGCAACCCGGCAGACCAAUGGCAAUGAUGCUGUUCAAGACAUACGGCUACAUCAGCAUGUACCAAGGACUUUUCUUCUGUCAGGACAUGAAGCUCGGGCAUUAUAUGAAGAUCCCGCCCCGGGUGACAUUUGCUGCUCAAAUGGUAUCCUGCUUAUGGUCCUCCAUUGUGCAGAUUUGCGUUAUGAACUGGGCACUAGGCUCUAUUUCGAAUGUCUGCGAGUUAGAUCAAGCGAACCGCUACACCUGCCCCAAUGGCCGCGUUUUCUUCAACGCGUCUAUAAUCUGGGGCACAAUCGGACCUGCCCGCAUGUUCUCCCCUGGCCAGAUGUACUCGGGUCUCAUGUGGUUCUGGCUCGCAGGGUUUGCGCUACCGGUUGUCAUUUACGUUGCCGCGCACCUUUCAAGGAACACCAGAUAUGGAAGCUACGUACGUCUUCUUAAUGCUCCUAUUAUCUUCGGUGGAACAGCACUCCUUCCCCCUGCUACCCCACUGAACUACCUUUCUUGGGGCAUUGUAGGGUUCAUUUUCAACAAGUAUAUUCGCGACCGCUGGCGGGGGUGGUGGAUGCAGUACAACUAUGUUUUAUCGGCAGGGCUAGACGUUGGAUUGGCACUGUGCACGAUCCUCAUUUUCCUCACGCUCAACCUGACCAAAACGGAAUUUCCCAGUUGGUGGGGGACCAACAUCGCCGCUGAUACCAUGGACGCUGCGGGCACGGCGGUGCAAGUUACGGGUGUGAAGUUUGGGCCUGAGAAGUGGUAGCCAUUUACUCAUGUACUUACUUUUAUGAUGCUUGAAUUGAGGGGGAUAUGGCUAUGAUGGAAUUAAUCUGGGCGUACUAAUCAAUUGAUCAAACCCAACCCGCGAAGAGUAACCUCAUUACAUCUAUUAAGAAACCCCAACACAUCCUCUUUACCAUGCCAGACAUCAUUAUACGCCGCACUAAGAGUGACCCUGCCCUUCCAGGUCCCCAAGAAUAGACCCAGCCCAGUCCCCAAUUCCUCACCCGUAACCCACGGAUCCUCAACUUCAAGCUCCCCAUACCUGUGCCUAAUCACCUUGUCAAGAACACCAAGACUGGAUAUAGACACAGAGGGUGUCUCAUUCCGGGCCGGGACAGA